AAUUUAUUUUUAAUAUUCAAAAUAAUAAGUACAUAAAUAUUUUUCCUUUAGACCCAAAAUGAAUUUUUUUGGAUUUUCUAUAUACGAAUCUGCUGCAACGCAAUCCGAACAAACCGCUGUUGUCGCUGCCCACCAGAUGUCAGAUAGUUCACUAAGCAGCCGCAAUGCUUUUAUUAAUUUCCUACAAGAAUAUCGCCAAAAUCAUCAUACAACAUCAACACAUAAACCCCUCUGGCGUAUGACAAUAGAAGCUGCCAAUCGUUGGAACAACAUGACCUUGCGUGAAAAAUACUCCUAUAUAGAGUCAGCUCAUAAUGCCAAAUAUAUUUAUAGAGCCAGAGAUCGUGAUGUCAAUCGGAUACUGAACUUAAUGCGUAAAUCGUUUACAUCUAAAGACAAAAUUGACUUACCCUAUCUAAUAAAGGCUGCUAAACUUAUGAAACAAUGGAAGCGGAGGAUUCUAAAUGAAAUCAUUUAGUUGGAAGUGAGGAUGCUAAAUUGGUUAUGAAAUUAUUAAAAUCUUUGUAUAAUAACUAUUUGAUAUAAUAAAGCGUAUUGUAACGACA